AUGAGCAUCAUCAUCAUCAUCGAACCCACCACCGAACACCAUCCUCCUCCUUCUCUUCCCCUUCAGAACCUCCGUAUUCGAGCAAAUUGCUUUAAAUGUGGAGGAAGGUCAUACGAUGGUCCAUGGCUAGAAAUUACAUAUAGUUGGGUGAUGGAGUGGCAGUGGUUUUCCAUGGGAAUACCAACCAAGCCACAAUACCUUCUCUCACAUCUCCCGAAUCGAAGGUUGUCUCUUCUUGUUCAAGAAUCUCAGGAACAUCGUGUGAUUCUUUCCUAA